UGCUGUCUGCUGAAGUGCGAUCCAAUUUUUUCCGAAAUAAUACCUAUUGUAUUGUGGUUGUCAAUAAAGAAUUUAUUUUUAUUUUUGUCAUUAUAUUGUUUAGGUUAAUCUUUUUAGUGAACGUAUAAUUAUAUUUAUUCGAAUGAAGUCAGCUGACGAACAUAAACAAAGGGUAUAUGUCAACAUUGAAGUGCUGAGACUCCAAGAAAGUGCCUGUGAUUUAGUUUUAAGCAUAAUGGAUAUUGAUGGUUCAGCCGGGGCUGGAGAGGUGAGUCAGACUCAAGGAGAAAUUGACCAGAACCUCCUCCUACAGUUCAGCUGUAUGAACACAACUGAUAGAGAAGAGCUCAUAGGUCAAAUGCAAAGACUUUUGGGCCCCAGUUUAAAUUACAAUACAGCUAGUUUUUUUUUGGACAUGAGUAAUUGGAAUUUGCAGGCAGCAAUAUGUUGUUAUUUAGAUUAUAGUUUACCACCCAAGCUUCCAUCUAUGGCACUGAAAGCAGCUCAAACACAAGAAUCUGCUGUAGGACCUGCUACUCAUUUUGAACAAAAUUGGAGUAUUGCCAACACAGGAACAGAAGCAUGGCCGGGGAGUUGUAGGUUAAUACAAGCUGGUGGUGAGCCAUUAGGAGCCACACCAGUGUAUGUGCCACCCUUGCCUCCAGGACAUUCCACAACUGUUUCAAUGAAGUUAUUAGCACCCAGUGUUGCUGGAGUGCAUAGAGGCUACUUCCAUUUAGUUACUGAUAAAGGAGAGCAAAUAGGAGAUACUUUAUGGGUAGAAAUAACAGUUGAGUCUGAAGUAACUGUAGCUCUUACAGAGCAACUAGCCGCCUUACCAGUACCUAGUAGUAGAUUGGAUGAAUCAGUAUCUCAGGUGCCAUCACAAGAUGACCAAAUGUGUUGAUUAGAAUUUACUUUUAUAAUUUUUAUUUACAAAUUGUCACAAUUAUUAUUAUCUUCAGACAACUUAUCAUUUACUAAUAAUUUAUUUACAAUCGAUGAAAAAAAAUCACAUUUUUUGUAUCAAUACUAUAAUUAUUUAUGACAUCAAAAUGCAAUCAAACCCAUGUUAAAGUUAAAUAAGACUUAAAACAACAAUGAAAGUAAAUGUACAAACUAUAAGCCCUAUGAAGUACUUUAAAAAUAUUUUAAGAUGUAAAUUAUGAAUUUGUUAUUGUUGAAAUGUUUGCAAUUGUAUAUGGAAAACGAUUUUAUUAGCAUCACUUAGUUAUAGGUAUGAAUUUGCCAUUAAUUUAAUAAUUAUGGGGGUUUUGAUUUGUAGUACCACAUACUUUAUAUAAAAUAUUUUUAGUUUUAAUUUAAAUAAAACUUUUGCUAGUAAUGUGGUGUUUUCUUUAGCCAUACUACUUUGGCUAUGCAUUGGUGACAGGUAACCCUUACAAAUCUAGAGACUAUUCUAUCUAUUGGUGAGUAAGAGACCAAUAGAUAGAAUAAGUACAAAAAUAAAAUCUCUUCAGCAUUUUUGAGAUAAGUGCUUAU